GCUCCGUCUCUCCUCAACUCACCACUCAGCCCCUCCUUUUGUCUCAAAAGCAGCCAUCAACAUGCUCUCUGCUCGCCUCGCCCUCCGCGCCGCCGUCCGCCCCGUCGCCGCCGCCCGCGUCGCCCGCCCCGCCGCUCUUUCGGCUGUCCGCUACUCGUCCCACGCCGCCGAGGAGUCGUACGAGGCCUUCAACGCCCGCUACGCCUCGUUCUUCGGUUCGGUGACCGACCUGUUCGAGCUCCAGCGUGGCCUCAACAACGCGUUCGCCUACGACCUUGUCCCCUCGGUCGAGGUCAUUGAGAACGCUCUCCGCGCCGCCCGCAAGGUCAACGACUACGCCACCGCCGUCCGUAUCCUCGAGGGUGUCAAGGAGAAGGUCGAGAACAAGGGCCAGUACGAGCAGUACCUCGCCGCGCUCAAGCCCGUCAUCGACGAGCUGGGCAUCCAGACCAAGGAGCAGCUCUACAACCUUUAAGAGGAUCAACUAGAUGGAAAUGUCACUCGCGUGGCCGCAACGACCCCGCGCAAAGAGGUGGAUAAAAAAUCUCUUCUAGGGCUGUAUAUCGCACCUGCAUAACAAUCAAGCGACGAGGGAUGGGGGAGGGAGGCGGUGCGGCGUCGGAUUCGCGACUGUCGCUGUGCCCGCCGCCGCCGUCGCCGACAUCAAGGACUGACAGCGCCGGCAAACCGCAGCGGGC